GCCCCGCUCCCGCCGCCCCGGUUGCCAUGGAGGCCCCGGCGGCAGCGGCGGCCCUGAGCGGCGCCGACAAGGAGAAGCUGCGGGAGAAGUUGGCGCUGCUGAGGCGGGAGUACAGCGAGACCGUCAUCCGGCUGCGGCGGGCGCGGCGAGCCGAGCGAGCCAGGAGCCACGGCCGGCGGGAGCGGAGCCCCCCAGGUGGGAGACGGGGAGAACGGGAUGCCCCAGGUGGGAGAUGGUGGGAACGGGAUGCCCCAGGUUCUAGAGAUAACACAUCUCCUAGUGCUGGUGGGCCCUCUCAGUUACAGACUAAAACCUGCUCUGAUGCUGAUACAGAGAAGACAACAUCUGUCACAGUUAAGCAUGUUCCAGAAUUCUCCAGUGAUGAGGUUAGCCUGCAGGACAGCUCCCGGGCAGAAAGCUUUCAGGCCAGCCAGGAAAACCUGUACUGUGGGAUCACCAGGCCUGUCCCUGAGGAGAAAACGCCCCAAACCUCCCAAGGCAUGAUGAAGCUGCGGAGACGGACGAAGGCUCUGGAAUCAAAGGAAAGGGAAUCAGUGCAUGAUGUGCAUCGAGUCAGUGCUGGUGCAAUGAUGAAAAAUCAAAUUGCCAGUGCAGAGGAGCUUCAGUCACCAGUGUUCAGGCGCAGCAGCCUCUCGCACACUGAGGAACCCACCCAAAGGGCAUCUGGGGCAGUGCUUGUGCAAGGAAAAAGAAAUAGUUUUACUUCUGAUACAGCAUCAGGGGUUGUACAGGAUGUGUUUGAGGGCAGUGUCACUGCAGGAGAGCCUGAGCUCUCCCCACAUGCGCUGAGGGACAGCAAGGACAUCUGGCAGCCCGAGUCCUCAAGGACUGUGGCCACACUUGGUAAACGUGAGCCAUGUUCACAGCAUGAAGAUGCUGUUUUACUGGACCCCAGAGGUGAUGGAGAAGAAGAAUCCCCCAGUAUAAUAAAACAGCCGGAGGGUGAGAGUUUGUGUGAAGAUCAGGAGGAAUUAUGUGGGCUCUUGGAUUUAAUGUCAGAAAAUGAAAUAUUGCCUGACAGCAGAAAUAACACCAUAACCAAGGAGAGCAAAAACCUUGAAGGACAUCAGAGUGACACUAAUACCCUACGUCCCUGUCCUGCAGAUCAUGCUCUGGACAAUGCUGAAGAACUGUUGGAGAAUCAACAGCUUGAAAUUCAGUCAAGACUUUCUCCUGCUGACAAGGUGACGGCUCCCGAGGGCACGCUGAGCUCUUGCACAGUGGUUGAAGGGCUGCUCUUUCCCGUCGAGUACUACAUCCGGACAACUCGCCGCAUGUCAAAUUGCCAGAGGAAGGUGGACCUGGAUGCUGUAAUCCUCAGCCAGCUGGGCAGGAGGAAGAAAGGUCAGCGGAGUAAAUGCAAGCAGAAAGAUGCAAACCCCAGUCAGCCCUCCCAAGAGAGAGCCGAGAGUGAUUCGGAACCAGGGGUCAUGCCCUCCCCUUUUUUUGGGGCAGAAAAUGAUCCAGCAAACUCAAGUAGUUCUCAGAAAUCUCUUCCUGCAUCCAGCAGCAGCAGCAGCAGCAGUACUUCACUUGGAUCCAUUUCUCAGAAAAGCAUCACUAGCACAAGGCAAGAGCAGAGACAAUCCCAGAGGAAACAGAAGGGAAGAAGAAAGUCUGUCUGCAAAGUCCCCAUGCAUCCAGUGUCACAAGAGCUUGUAGAGAGUCAGGAUCCCAUAAUGGCCAAUGAAAGCUGUGCCCUGCUGUCAAAUGAGAACCAGAGUGAAAAGGAGAAUUGCGAUGCUAACCUUGAAAGGUCAUCCUCCGAUGAAAGGAGAUUGUCUGGUGCUGCAGCACUGGGGUCUGUAGGGACAGGAGUGACUGGAGCUACACAGCCAGCGGGUCCUGAUCCUCCUCUGGGCGGGAGCCAAGUGCCAGGGAAAUGCCGUAAGACUCUGUUAGAACAGGUUCAAAAUCCACUCCACAGCAGUGAUUCUCUGAGCCCAGGGAGUGAACCUUUUUCCAGCCAUGUGGGAGAUGCGGAAGCCAACUCUUCUGUGUGUCAGGGAGAUAAACAUCCAGCGGAGCGUGUGAAGAAGCAGCGAAGAGCCUGUGGGGUUGAGCAGCUCCCCGGGGUCAGUGUCCCUGUGCGCCGCUCCCUGCGCUGCUCUGUGAGACACAGGGCACAGACAGGCUCAACAGAUGACAGCAGCAGAGGACGCAACUGUCCCAUGGGUUCACAGGGUCCUGCUACCCUUGGGCUCACUGCUGUGGACCCUGACACUCGUGGCUCCCUCUUCUCCUUCCGCAGCCUCCAGUGGCUGGUCCCUAAGCUGGGCAUCAGGGACUUCCACUUACCGAAUGAGGAAUUCGGAGUACUGAAACUGGAGAAAUUGAAAUCUUCCCCCAUGAACGACUUGGAGGAUUUUGUUCUGUGUGUGUCUGAGGAUGGUGUGGCUCCAGAAGAUACACAAGAUGCACAAAUUAAUCCAAAAGAAAAAAGUCUCAGAAGUAAUUUGAUUUCGCCUUCCAAAAAUGGAUUGCCUGAACUGCCUUGCAUGAACCCGACUUUAAAGAAGGAGCUUUCCACCCAUGAAUUGCUAUUUACUCCCAUGGGGACUGUCUUAGCUGAGGCUCCCACCCACACUGAGUCUCAGAUUUCCUCGUCUGUUUUCCCUGCUGUGGGUGCAACCCCAGGUGUUUUACCUUCAGUGCACAGUGAGGUCUUCCCUGAUACACCUUUCGUACCUGCCUUGCCAGCGACUUCACCUUCCCCCAGAGGAGCAGCUGCCUUGGUCCUGGGGGAUGUGACACACAGAGACCCGGCUGUGCCACUGUGCCCUGACAGCUGUGCUGCAGGGGCUGCCACAAGCCAGGAAGAGCAACGUACAACGUUUCCUUUAGCAGCUGAAAGAGGUCCUGAGAAUAAAUCUGAUGAGACUGUGUCCUUGGAGAAGCAUGAGCAGUCAGAGAACAAAGAGCAGGAAUCCUGCAGAGCUUCAUCUGAACAGAAAAAAGAUGUAGCAGAACAGUUGACUCCAGUGCUGCUGGAUGGUCCCAGAGAAGAGAGCUUGCAGCUUGUGUCAGAGCUAAAGGAUUCCUCGUGUUCGUGCGCUGUGGAUGUGAGCACGGUGUGGUGGGAGGCAGCUGGCUGCAGGGAGCUGCGUGUGGUCACUGCCUCCGAGAGCGCUGUGUCCCUCUGGGAACCCCUGGCACCCGACUGCUGGGGAAAGGUCUACACCUGGCACCUGAGAGAGAUUCCUGUAAUCCAGAUUAUUCCUCUGCCAGACACCUGUAACCUCGUGUGUGUAGCACUGGGAGAGCUGGAGAUUGGAGAAAUAAGGCUCUUGCUGUAUUCUUCUGAGACUGACUCAUUCAAGCACUCCCUAGUGAAAACUGGGAAUAUAAAAGCAGUUGUUGGGCUAAAGGACCAGAGGCUGGUGAGCAGCAGCAGGACCAUUCAGGAGCAGCAAGUAGAGAUGGUGUCGCUCUCAGAGACAGGGGGGAGCAAGGACGGGCAGACUCUGAUGCCUCCUGAAGAAACUGUUACAGCCUUUGCUGAAGUAGAAGGGAUGAGAGAGGCCUUGGUGGGCACCACUGCAGGGAACAGUGUUGUGGUUUGGAAUCUGAAAACAGGUCAGCUCCUGAGGAAGAUGCAUGUUGGUUAUUCCUACCCAGCUUCCAUCUGCCAUCGAGCAUAUUCUGACUCUGGCCUUUUGUUUGUUGUUUUAAGUUAUCCUCUUGCCAAAGAGAGCGAGUCCUGUGGAAGCCCAGCGUUCCAUGUGGUGGCCUUCAACCCCCGCACGGGCCGGAGCGUGGGGGUGAUGUUCUCCUGCCUCCCCCCCGGCCAUGCAGGCAGGUACCUGGAGGGUGACGUGUGGGACACCACGGGAGCCGCUGUGCUGACAUCGGGUGCCGUGGCCGUGUGGGACCUGCUGCGGGGCUGGUGCAUGGCGGUGCUGCCCCCGGACCCUGCGGGGCACUGGGCACUGGCCCGCUGGGCCACCGGUAGGGCCGGGCUACUGGCUGGGCGCCGUGAUGGGACCGUCCACCUGUACCGGUACCAGCCAGCCCAGCUGGGAGCCACCUGACAGAGGGGGGGGUGAGGACCCCCGUCGCCAGCGGGGCCGUGUGUGCCACGUGUGUGCAGUGCCAUUAAAUGUGUUGCCUUUGGAAUGA